AAAGUAUAGUAGUAGAAAUUUUGGGGAUAUUUUGAUGGAACGCAACAACAGACUUUUUUUUUUUUGGGCAAUAUCCCAGGACUGCAUCUCCUCUACACCUUCUUUACCCUUGUUUACCCCAAGGUCGUGUAAAGCUAAAGACAAUGUCUUACGGCUUGCAAUAUAUACAACUUUUAAAGUCACCACCUAGUUGUGUUGCACUGAAUAAGUCAUUCAAAGUUGUACUGACCAUUACCAACGAUCUGACCGACGAAAAGUGUUACGACGAGAUCACACUGGAAUGCAAAGUGUACGAUGGCAAUGGGCAAGAAUUCAAUGGCCUUCGACUGAAAGACGGUGCGAACACUAUAAAUUACAACCCGUACAAUGGAGGAUUCUGCAGCUUUGAAGCGACACUGACUCAGUUGCCACCUUGUGGAACUGGCACCGCUCAACUUAUGGCACACGCUGUCUCCACUCCACGGCCAUCGUCCUCAGACAACGUUGAUAGUCUCAUGGCCAUGAUCGGAUCCAAUUCACUCAUUAUACCAGUGUGGACGACAAGCUUCCGUGUUGUAAAGAACACCAAAACGGCGCCAGAUUCAGAUAACCAGCAUCAGUGCGAACGACGACUACAAUUGUGUGCUAACCAGCAACUGCGAAUAUUAGAGGACAAAGAGGAGAGCAUCGCACGGCAUUUAUGGGAUAGUGGCGUGGCAAUGUGUUGCUUUCUAGCGUCAGCUGCUAGUCCUUCCAACAACCCAACAAUUCGCAUCAACCAUUCUUCCGUGGUCAUUGAACUGGGCAGUGGUACGGGAUUGGCGGGAAUUUGCGCUGCUCUAUUGUUCAAGCCGCGAAAAACCAUUCUGACUGACCUCGAUGAUGCUCUCGAGCUAUUACGAUCCAAUGCCCGUCUAAAUUCGUCCAGUGCGCCAAUUGAAAUCCAGGAACUAGACUGGAACGAAUGCGCUGCCGUACGAAGCUCCCUCCCUGAAAAGAUCGAUACCAUCCUACUCAGCGAUGUUUUAUAUAAUCAAGAAAAGCACGAUGUCUUAUUAGAAGCCUUGGAUCUGCUUGCCACUCCAAAUACGCAAGUUCUACUGGCCGCGAAGGAGAGACAUGUAGACGAACGGAUCUUUUGGGAAAAGAUACGGGGAAAAUGGAAGGCCAAACUGUUAUACCGUGUUCUCAGUAGCGAGAUCUUUGAGCUGCAAAAGCUUCAAUAGAGCCUAGAGAGUUAUUGUAGGGCUGCUACCAAAAGUGUAUGAAAAAAGCUGACUGUCAUAAUAUGCUAGACGACAGUUAGUCAGGGAACAACAUGUGUUUGGUUGUGUUGCCAUAGAAGCUGCACGG